CCAAACAUUAAUUUCUCUUUCACCUUCUCCACAAAAUCACUAUUUUUUUCCUUAUGGCCUUUACAAUCUCCUUCUUCUUCCUCCUCCUAUGGCUUCUUCUCACCUUCCCUCCAUUUCUCCAUUCUCUUCCUGCUCCAAGAGAAUUUCCGUUAAGCUGUGGAGCAACCGAUGAACUGACUCAUGGAAACCUGAAAUACAUUCCUGACGAAGGAUUCAUUACAGUCGGAAACAAGUCAACCUUAAAAACACCAGGUUUACUACCUUUAUUGUCCUCUUUGAGAUAUUUUCCUGACACCAAAGCUCGAAAAUAUUGCUAUGAAUUUCCGGCCAUUAAAGGUGGGAAAUAUUUAGUGAGGAGUACUUAUUAUUACGGCGGUUUCGAUGGAGGAACUGAACCGCCGGUGUUUGAUCAAAUUAUUCAAGGGACUAAAUGGAGCACUGUUAAUACUACAGAGGAUCAUGCUAAUGGGCUUAGCACUUAUUAUGAAAUUAUUGUUGUUUCAGAAUUGAAAAUACUUAGUUUUUGUCUUGCUAGAAAUAAACGAACUAGUUCUAGUCCUUUUAUUAAUGCUCUUGAAUUGGAGUAUCUCGAUGAAUCGCUCUAUAACUCUACCGAUUUCUCGAAGUUUGCCCUCACUACUCUCGCUCGACAUAGCUUUGGAAGUCACGGAAACAUAAUCGGGUAUCCAGAUGAUGAGUUCAACCGGUUUUGGCAACCAUUUAUGGAUAAGAAUCCUGUAGUAGAAGAAAGUCACUCUGAUGUUCACUCUUCAGAUUUUUGGAACUAUCCUCCAACACCAAUAUUUACUACAGCAAUCACAUCAAGCAGAGGACAGCCAUUGACACUUGAAUGGCCUGCUGCCACUUUACUUCCUGUUUCUAAAUACUACAUUGCACUCUAUUUCCAUGACAACCGAACUCCAAGUCCAUUCAGCUGGAGAGUCUUCACGGUGUCUAUUAACGGAAAGGUUUUCUAUGACAAUCUAAAUGUGACAACCAGAGGCGUUUCUGUUUAUGCACGAGAUUGGCCGCUUGCAGGACAGACUGAGAUUACGUUAACUCCGGCUGAUAAUUCACCUGUAGGGCCGAUGAUCAAUGGUGGUGAACUCUUUCAGAUUAUGCCUCUUGCUGGAAGGACACUCACCAGAGAUGUUAUCGCCAUGGAAGAUUUGGCAAGAAGCUUUGACAAUCCGCCUUCUGAUUGGAGUGGCGAUCCCUGCUUGCCUGCAAAGAAUUCAUGGACUGGAGUCAAAUGUUCCCGUGAUAGAUUGGCUAGAGUUGUCACUUUGGACCUUACAGGCAUGGGGAUAUCCGGUUCACUGCCUUCAAGCAUAGGCAAUUUAAGUGCAAUCACGCAUCUUUGGCUAGGAGAGAACAAACUGUCCGGUCCCAUUCCAGACUUGAGCGCGAUCAAGGAUCUACAAACUCUGCAUUUGGACAACAAUGAAUUUGAAGGAUCAAUUCCUCCAUCAUUAGGCCUACUGAAGGGGAUCAACGAAAUAUUCCUCCAAAACAAUAAACUCGCUGGCAAAAUCCCACCGUCUCUGCUAAAGAACAUUAACAUAAAUCUAAAGGUGUCUCCUGGUAAUCAUCUAUCUUCUUGAGUGGGCGAAAUGCAGGUGGCGAAAAACAAGUUUUUGUUUGGGAAAUACAGUUUUGGAAAAGGAAAACAUAUGAGCUGCAAUUCAUUUGUAAAAUAGGAAAAAAAUGUAUAGGUGUUUCAUACAGAUUCUUAUAAUGUAAAAACAAUUUUCUGGAGUAUAUAAACUUAUUUACAUUUUGCAUGUGAAA